AGAAUUCUGACGAUGUCUUCCUUAGUAUAGUGGGUUUGGUGCAGGUGAUAUUGGGCAAGUUGUGCUGUCAGAAUAUACGGCAUCUCGGUUGCACAAUCCUGUGGUUGCAGGUUAGGUGUUGUGCGAUGGUCCUUAGAGCUUUUAUCAGGCAUUAAGAUUCGUCAUCUCUGGAGUCAGAAGCGCUUUGUUGCGCCGUUAUAAAAAUGGACUGCAGACCGUCAUCUCGAAACCUUGUCUCGCGAAUACAAACAUGCUUCCACUGGUGCCUGGAAUGGGACUGUCAGAACUUUCUAGAAUUAUCUGAUUGGCUUCUUGGGGCAAGGGCUCCCAGUCUCUAUGCUGCUCAUGGUCUGAUCGGUGAGAUAACAAGGGACGUGUUAUCGCGCAAGUACUGGCCCACGCCCCUUCUCGGCUCUUUCGUUCAGUCACUGCUCGGUGCCAUUUGGAAGGGGAGGGACCCGCAAUACCAUCGGACGCUGGUGAGGUUGGCAGACGAGGGCGUUAUUGGAUUGGACUGGUACAAGGGGCAGGAAUGCAAGCAACGCCUGCCCUCCACAGCCCCGGUGCUGCUCAUCAUGCACGGAAUCACAGGUGACAGCCGAGAGGCGUAUGUGACUCGCCUCUGCGCAGCAGCCCAUGCACAAGGCUGGCGUCCGGUGGCAAUGACUUACAGGGGCUGUGGAGACCUGCCGUUGGAGUCGCCAAUGAUAUACAGCGCAGUGGACACCGCGGAUGUGCAUGCAGCUGUGGAGCGCGUUCGGCAAAGCUACCCUGAUGCGCCCCUCCUGCUGGCUGGCUUCUCCCUGGGAGCCAUGCUCGUCACAAAAUACCUCGGCGACAUCGAGUCUGGCCGGCUGCAACCGGCAGGGCAAAGACCUGUGGCGGCAGUGGCUGCAAGCAGUCCAUUUGACAUUGAAGCAGCCUGGAAGCGGCUGGCAGCUGCGCCAUGGCUUGACCCAAGAUGUUGGAUGCAGGCUGUUGUUGUCAUGAGGUGGAUGUGGUAUGUGCAGAGGCAUGCAAAGAUGCUUAGCCGAGUAGAAUUAUUUGACAGGAAGGCCUUUCAGAAAUGCAAGACCAUGGUGUGUAUUGAUGAGCAACUGACCUGCAAGGUGCUGGGAUAUGAGUCUGUUGAGAGGUACUACAGAGAUGCCAGCAGCUUUCAGUACAUUCACAGCAUCCGCACGCCUUGCCUCUUCAUAGUUUCUGAAGAUGAUCCUUUCGUCAGGGAGCUGCCAAUAGAACAGUGCAGGAAGAAUCAGUACACAGUCUUGGCAGUGACUAAGCGCGGAGGCCAUUGUGCGCACUUGCAGGGGCUCUGGCCCUUUGGCCGGUCUUUUGUCGAUGACAGUGCAGUGACCUUUUUCAAGGCUGUGCUCAACGACAUUCCUGUGAACUGAAGUGCUUGCCAGGACAGACUUCAAAAGGGCCACACGAGGGGCAUUUGACAUGGUUGCAGUGAAGCUACCUCUAGAGAUCUUCACUCCUUUGGAUAGCAUAGCUGUAGCACGCACUGUAGCACAUGUAGUUAAAGUAGAGGUUCACACGUACGUUAUGAUCUGGCUUCUGAGAAGCGGGCUAGUAUAUACAAGUAGCUGUUGAAUUUAUUCGGCUGUCAAAUGAUUGAGUGGGUUUGGUUCUUACACUGCUUAGUUUAAAUCAUGGAACAGGAAC